GUUCUAACUCUGUCUCCCCCUGUUGUCUGGUGGUGGUAUAACAGCCAUGGCCCUGCCAGCAGUGUUUGGCCUGCCAGUCCUUCCUCCAGAGCUGUUACUGAGGGUGCUGAGACUGCUGGAUGUCUCCUCUCUCCUGGCCCUCUCCUCGGUAAACAGACACCUUCACCAAACCACCACAGACCCGGCCCUCUGGAGACACCUCUACCGCAGAGACUUCCGAGACAGCCAAGACCACAGCAGAGACACUCAGUGGAGAGAGGUGAGUCAGGUCCCAGUAUUCUACAUAUUGACUGUUGCAGACAGCCAAGACCACAGCAGAGACACUCAGUGGAGAGAGCUCUACAAGAAGAAGUACAAGUGGAGGAGAGAAGCAGCCAGUUACCGGCACCACAUGCCCCGUUACCACCCUGUCCCCCACCGCUCUACCCCCUCCACCCUCCCCAACAACCCCUUCCCCUUCUACCCGCCUGGCAUCAUCGGUGGGGAGUACGACCAGAGACCUGGCAUCCCCGGUGGCAUUCUGCCCCGCCCCCGCUACGACCCUAUUGGUCCGCUCCCAGGUCACGAUCCCACAGCAGGAGGGCUGAUUGGACGAAGGGGGCUGAGACCUGCUGGGAACCGGCCGGCUGACAUCAGAAGAGGGUUCAUAUGACCUCCCUGACCAGUGACCUCUAGUGGUGGUGUAGGAGUAUGACCACCACACAGAGAAGCUUAAAUAAAACAGAGAUGUUGAAGACUGACUUGUUAGCCUACCUUAAAUAAGGCACCUGAGUGCUAUAGUCACAGAUAAAUGGUGUUGUUCGGGCUAUAAACACUAACCCUCAUCCAGCCUGCUUAUUAUCCCCUAAACCUCAUCCAGGUGUUUUUUAUAAACCCCCUAUCCUUGACCCAGAAUCAGCUUUUAAUAGCUCAUGUUCUCCUGUGUGUGUUUAGUAAGUGAUGAGGUCAGAUCAUGCCGAUCUGCUAUCUUCAUUUGAUCUCUCUGUUGUUGCAGAAAAUGUUGCUGCACAGCAGGAAAUGUAAACUUCUAAAAGUUUUCCUGUGAGAAACCGGUCAAAUUUAAUAUAGUAGAUCUGUAAGGGUGCCUGAGGGGUUGAGGUGGACGUUUCGAUCUUCCACCAUUCACUAUGAACACAUUUUGUACUUAGUUUCCUCGCAGACUAAAAGCUGUAAAUAAAAUGAGAAAAUGGCAAUCGACUGGUUUUUAGCUGUGGUCAUAUUUGAGCCCUCAGUCUGUCUCUGAAAACCAGACCUGUUCAGGGACGAUUCAAUAGUCAUGUACACUGAACGAAAAUAUAAACACAACAUGUAAAGUGUCUCUGUGUUUUAUGAGCUGAAAUAAAAGAUCCCAGAAAUGUUUCAUACGCA